AUGACCCCGCCCCAUUCUCCUGCUUUCCGUCACCCCUCCCCAUUCUCCCUCUUUCCAUCACCCCGCCCCAUUCUCCUGCUUUCCAUCACCCCGCCCCAUUCUCCCGCUUUCCAUCACCCCGCCCCAUUCUCCCUCUUUCCAUCACCCCGCCCCAUUCUCCCGCUUUCCAUCUCCCCACCCCAUUCUCCUGCUUUCCAUCACCCCAUCCCAUUCUCCCGCCUCUUUCAAUCACCCCGCCCCAUUCUCCCGCUUUCCAUCACCGCGCCCCAUUCUCCCGCUUUCCAUCACCCCGCCCCCAUUCUCCCGCUUGCCAUCACCCCGCCCCGUUCUCCCACUUUCCAUCACCCCGCCCCAUUCUCCCGCUUUCCAUCACCGCGCCCCAUUCUUCUGCUUUCCAUCACCCCGCCCCAUUCUCCCUCUUUCCAUCACCCCGCCCCAUUCUCCCUCUUUCCAUCACCCCGCCUCAUUCUCCCGCUUUCCAUCACCCCGCCCCAUUCUCCCGCUUUCCAUCACCCCGCCCCAUUCUCCCGCUUUCCAUCACCCCGCCCCAUUCUCCCGGUUUCCAUCACCCUGCCCCAUUCUCUCGCUUUCCAUCACUCUGCCCCAUUCUACCUCUUUCUAUCACCCCGCCCCAUUCUCCCUCUUUCCAUCACCCCGCCCCAUUCUCCCGAUUUCCAUCACCCCGCCCCAUUCUCUCGCCUCUUUCCAUCACCCCGCCCCAUUCUCCCGCUUUCCAUCACUCCGCCCCAUUCUCCCGCUUUCCAUCACCCCGCCCUAUUCUCCCGCUUUCCAUCACCCCGCCCCAUUCUCCAACUUUCCAUCACCCCGCCCCAUUCUCCCGCUUUCCAUCAACCCGACCCAUUCUCCCGCUUUCCAUCACCCCGCCCCAUUCUCCCUCUUUCGAUCACCCGCCCCAUUCUCCCGCUUUC